AUGAUGCGAGCAGCGAGAUACUACGGUAUAGAGGAUAUCCGCGUCGAACAGGUUCCUCAGCCAUCAGUUCUCCCAGGACAAGUAAAGAUCACUCCCGCCUUUGUCGGAAUAUGUGGAACGGACCUACAUGAGUUUUUAGGAGGCCCGAAUUUCUGUCCCACAACACCUCAUCCCAUCACCAAAGAGACGAUCCCCGUCACACUCGGCCACGAGUUUAGCGGUGUCAUUUCCGAAAUCGGCCCAGACGUCAAGGGCUUUGAAGUUGGCCAGCCCUGCGUCGUCCAACCGACUCUAUUCUGCGGGCACUGCGCAGCGUGUGGUUCUCAUGCAGAAAAUGUCUGUCACACGGGCGGUUUUGUCGGCUUGAGCGGAGGAGGCGGUGGUCUGUCUGAAGCAGUCUGCUGUAAUGCAACGCACGUCUUUUCACUGCCCAAGAAUGUGCCUCUUGAGAUUGGUGCACUGGUUGAGCCGCUCUCUGUAUCCUGGCAUGCUCUUUCUGCGGCACCUGAGAUCAACUCCAGCUCAAAGGUUACGAUCCUUGGAGGAGGGCCCAUUGGUCUUGCUAUGAUCCUGUGUCUGAGAGCCAAGAAUGUCAGCGAGAUUAUUGUUUCUGAAGUUGCUGCAUCAAGACAGAAUUUCUCGAAACAAUUUGGCGCCACGCGUGUCGUGAACCCGAUCGAGGAAAAUCUCAAAGAUGUUGUGCUGGGCUUGACCGAUGGCAAGGGUGCAGACGUUGUGUUUGACUGCGCAGGUGUCCCAGCAAGUAUCAAGAGUGCCUGUGAGGUUGUCAAGACAAAGGGAACAGUGGUUAAUGUUGCCAUCUGGGAGAAGGAAAUUCCUUUUAACCCGAACUGGAUCACAUGGAAGGAGAGUUCAUACAAGUCUGUUCUUGGAUACUCGCGAGAAGAUUUCCAAGCUGUUAUCGACAACCUUGCCUCAGGCGCUAUUCAGCCUCAACAGAUGAUCACAAGAAAGAUUAAGUUGGAGAAUAUCGUUGAAGACGGAAUUAAGGCACUGAUACGUGAUAAGGAUAACCAAGUCAAGGUGUUGGUGGACAUCAAUGAUAAGUAG